AUGAAUUUAGAACAAAGUUUUGAACUUGUGAUCAUGUGAUGUAACUCCAGUUUUAAAAAUAAUUCAAGAAAUAGUGGUUAUUUUAGUGUACAUUUUUAAUUUUAAGGUCACCAUUAUUGAAAAAGAUGGCCGUACGCAGAAAAUUAAUAGCAAUUGUCAUCCAAUUAAUAUUAACCCAAAUUUUUGUAACUAAUGGAGUGGCUUUACCUGAAGAUGGUUCUUCCAAUUUGGACACCGUAUCGACAACUCCUUCAAACGGUCAUGAAAACGAACUAAAGAAAAUUUCCGAUAAUAUAGAAUUAUCAGAAGAAGAAUCUGUUUUAAUUCUGCAACAAUUUGAUAGCAUUAUUAAUGGAUUAAAAAGUUUUGAAGAGGAAUUACAACCAGUUCCAGGCACAAUGAUGGCGCGACCCAAAUGUAUGGUUACUAAAGAGAAGUUAGAAAAUUUAAAAAAAGAAAUCAUAGAUUCAUUAAAAGGUGUAUCAGACGAAGAUCCAGUUAAAUGCACUCUCGAUUUAAUUGGAUCUGAUAAUUGUAAUGAUUUAACAAAGAUGAUUCUAUGCGGUGUCAAACAAUUAAAAAGUGGAUUUUCAAAAGUUUCUAAAUCUGGUUCUAUCAAAGAAAUCACUAAAUGGAGAAACGCAUACGAAAAAUUAUCAGAAAAAUAUGAAAAAGAAAUUGAUGAUUUGAAACAAACUUUAUCACAAGAAUAUCAAUUAAAAUUAGAUAAAAUACAAAAUGAAUUCCAAGACUUAAAUAAAAAAUUAAAUAUUGCAUUGGAACGCUUACAGGCGACCAGAUUCGACUUUUGUAUUCUAGCAAUAAAGACUGGUAACAUAGAAUCAGCUCUUGACCAUGCUAAAUAUUUUAAUUUAUAUUUGAUGUCACAAAUUAUUAAAGAAGUCUAUUAUGCUGAAGCUAUGAAGGACAACGAACCGAAAGCUUUUGAAAAUAUCAUGAAUUUUAUUAAAAAGCAACAAUCUGGAAUAGAAAACAUAAAACUUUACAAAGUUUUAUAUCAUGAACUGCUCGAUUAUAGUAAAGUAGGAAACUUCAAAGGCAAAGAUAGUUAUACUAAUCUCAAGAAGAGACUUUGUAUUUUGAAAAUUAUAGCGGGAAUACUAAAGUCAUCUCUUUAUACAUGUUAUGAUCGGGAAGUAAAACCAUUUGAGGAUGAAAUUAUCAAGAGUGCUUAUGAUUACCCGAACACAAAGGAUGAAAAAACAACUUUUGAGAAUUUAAUGAAUUUUAUUACCAAACAAGACUUAAACCCAAAUAUUAAAAAACCAGAAGCAAUUAAAAGAAGAGAUGCGUUUUCCGAAACUUUAAAUAAACAUUUGCAAACAUUUUAUAAGCAAAAUGUUUUAGAAAGUACCAAAAUACAUUUAUGUGUUUUGGCAAUAGUUCGUGGAAAAAUUGACGAAGCUGACAAACACUUUAAAGAUUUAGAAUCAACUCCAAUCUCUGAAAUUGUAAAACGAACUCUUCCGUUUGAUGAAAAAUUCAACUCGAAUAUUGAAAAAUUAGUUUUGAAACAGUCAGAUAUAUGUGUUAAGAUACUUGGUCUAACGACUCGUUAUAAUGAAUUCAAGUAUUUGUCCACUGGUGUAAUUAGUUUACUACGAAAUGGGUUUGAUCAAAAUAUGUUUGAUUCAAUAAUUUCAAAUAGGCAGAAAUGUUUAAGCGCAUCGAAUGACUUUCUUUCGAAUCUGAUAGCUUUCGAGUACAAUUUCAUUAAUUUUGAUUUAAGUAUUCACUUCGAAACUCUUAUGCCAGCUUUGAAGACAGCUUUAAAAGAAAAAGAUGUUUUAACAGAUAGAUAUUUUCUUCAUUUUCUGCUAGGAAAAUAUACUAAAAACUUAAAAGAUAAUUCUAUAUUAUUAUCAAUGGUAUUCGAUGAAUUACAGAACGCAAAUUUAAUAAAUGAUGGUUAUUCAAUAAUUUAUUUUGCAUAUUAUCUGAAGGCCUUUACUGAAAGAUCCGAUUAUAAUAGUUUGGAUGGAGAAACUAAGGCAAAGAUUGGAAGUCUAAAACAGCAAUUACCUGUUGUAGUUCGAACAUUAAUUUGGAAAGGUGAUAAAUGUAAAUUAAAGAAUCCUUAUUUAGGUGAAUACUUGUUUGCGCAUGAUCAACAUUAUUCGACAAAAAAUCGUAGAGUUUUGACACGAUCUGAUGAUGGCCCAAAAAUAAAUGAAGCACAAAGUCAAUGGAAAUUUGAGUUUGAUAAGAAUAAUAAGUAUAAUAAAGAGUUUUGUAGGAUUAAAAAUGUACAUUGGAAUGAAUGGUUAUGUAUGUCAAAAAGUUCUACUAUUGACAACAUUGAUUUCAUCCCACUACGAGUACAUACAAAAGCAUCAAACUAUCCUUCUGAUGUUGAUAGGUGGGAUAUUAGUUUAACUAAUAAUGGAACUUUAAUAAAUAUUCACAUAUUUAAUGAUUAUUUGUAUGCUGAUAGUAAUGAUAAAUGGCAUAAGUUGGGACAUGCAGUAUACCAUUAUUUUAAAAAAGAACAAAAUUCAGAGAUAAGGUUCAGAGAGCGUGAAUGGGAAUUAAUAUGCUAGUAAAAUGUUCAAAAUUAUACAGAAUGCUUCAAAUUAUAACAGUAGGACUUCGUAAAUGGUAGUAAUUGGUAUUGAAAUCUACACAAUUUCUCACUGCACUUAUAGCCGGGAAUGCGUCCCUUUCUAAAUACAGACUGUUGAAAUUUUUAAAGAAAAUUUUGUGAUAAUUGCCAAUAUGAUAAAAACGGUGUGUCUUUAUAGCAAAAAGAAUAACGUUAUGCAAUGUCCCAUGUUGGGAACGUUGUCUAUUAAAUUUGAAAUAAUUCUAAGCAACCGUUCUGGCAAUAAACAACACAAUUUCUUUUAUUUUUAAAUUUCAACACUCCUUACCUAGAAAAGGACGAAUUUUUGGCUCAAAUAGUAGUAUUGAGAAUUUGUCAUUAUUUUAACUCUAUCCAUUAUUAAGCCCUGCUGUUAAGAUGUACUUGGACCAUCCUGUAGUAUGCAAUAAAUUUUUUGUCAAAAUAUUAUAUUUUAAAAAUUAAUAAAAAUUACUGGAUAUGAAUAUCUACAAGA